GAGGGAGACGCUUGGUGACUAAGCGGAAGUUGCGUAAAGGAGUUAGAAAAUCACGUUUGAUAGGGAAGAUAUUCUACUCAUAUUAACUCAUAAGUCAAAAUGUCUUAUCCAAGUCAAGGUUAUCCACAUCAAGGUUACCCACAGCAGGGUCAUCCUCAACAAGGUUAUCCUCAACAAGGUUAUCCACAACAAGGACAUCCUCAGCAAGGUUAUCCUCAGCAGGGUGGUUAUCCUCAGCAGGGUUAUCCACAACAAGGUUAUCCACAAGGAGGUUGGAAUCAAUCUGGACAAAGAACAGAUCCUGUAAUUUAUCAAUGGUUUACAGCUGUGGACACUGAUAAAUCUGGAAAAAUUACUGCACAGGAAUUACAGUCAGCUCUUGUUAAUGGAAACUGGACCAAAUUUAAUGAAGAAGCUUGUCGUAUGAUGAUAGCAAUGUUUGAUAAAGAUGGAAAUGGUACCAUUGAUGUCACAGAAUUCCAAGGUAUAUGGACUUAUAUUCAACAAUGGAAAGCUCUUUUUGAGAAAUAUGAUGGUAAUCGCACUGGAUCCAUAGAAACUGAUGAAUUACAAAGAGCAUUUCAAGAAAUGGGUUACAGACUUUCACCCCAGUUUGUCAAUAAUUUGAUUGCAAAGUUUGAUUACAAGACUCGCCGAUCCCUUACAUUAGAUAACUUUAUUGUUGCUAGCGUUCAGUUGAGGCUUCUUACCGAUGCUUUUCGAGCAAGAGACGAUAAAAUGGCAGGUGUGAUUAAUAUCAGUUAUGAAGAUUUCUUAACUGUUUCAAUGUUACAUAGACCAUAGUAUAAGUUAUUUGUAAAAAUUAUCAUUUAUGUAUUUUAUGAUCAUUUCAAAUUGUAAUACUAAUAUUGUUAAUCUUUUUUUAUUAAAUUAUAAUAAAUUAGAAACUUGUAAUUGAUUUAAAAAUUAUUCAGUAUUACUAUAUUAUUGUUUAUUAUUAAAAAUCAAAAUCAAAUAUAUUUAUACAUCAUCUUAGUAUUAAAUCUGAAAUUUGUGAUUUUUCCUGUUUACUUCAUUUUAUAAUGUAUAUCAAUUAUGGUAACAUAUGUGAUAUGAAUUUGAUUGCCUUAUUAGAUUCAAUUGAAUUUUAUUUUCUUAAGAUUUUUCGUCUUAAAUGAUAUUGAUAUCUGGAAACAAAGCAAUGAAAUAGAAUGAGAUGUAUAAUUUUUCUUAACAACAUAUAGCAAUUGUAGCAAUGUGUUAAAGCAAAACUAUGUUGUUUCAUUUAUACCAUAUUAUGCACUGGUGAUCAAAACUUAUGGCCAAAAAAAAAAAAAAGCAACAAUUGUUUUCUUGUGGAGUUAAAAAAAAA